AUGUUACCGAGAUUUAUAGUGACUAUAUUCAUUGCAAUAUCGUCCUACGUGGACUGCAACCCCGGGCCAAUUGACGAUGUUGUUGUGGAGCGAUACUCUGUUCCUAAAAUCUGUGCAAGGGAAGUAAAAAAUGGGGAUUUUGUUCGUUAUCACUAUAACGGAACAUUUACUAACGGAACGCAGUUUGAUUCGAGCUAUGAACGGGGAACAGCUUUCUCAGGGCCAGUGGGUCAAGGCAGACAAAUUGCUGGUGUGGAUAAAGGCAUUGUGGGAACAUGCAUCAAUGAGCAUAGGAGGCUUACUGUACCUCCACAUCUGGCCUAUGGCAGCCAGGGGGCAGGUGAGACUAUCCCUCCUGACACCACCCUUGUGUUUGACUUGGUCCUGCUGGACAUAUGGAACAUGGCUGAUCGGGUCCAGACCAGGACUCUGAACAGGCCGCAGGACUGCAAACGUGCUGUGAAGAGGUCCGAUUUUGUGCGGUAUCACUUCAACGGGACUCUGCUCGACGGCACCAUCUUUGACUCCAGCUAUGAGCGGUCACAGACACAGGACUCACUGGUGGGAGAGGGUUGGCUGGUCAAAGGUCUGGAUGAGGGACUGCUGGGCAUGUGUGUGGGUGAACAGAGGAACAUCGUCAUCCCUCCAUUCCUGGCCUAUGGAGAAAAAGGAUUUGGCUCUGAGAUUCCUCCCCAUGCCACGCUGGUGUAUGAUAUAUUGCUGGAGGACCUCCACAACCCCAAAGAUGACAUCACAGUGGAGCUCCAGGACGUCCCUGAACCCUGCGCACGCAAGUCUGUCCCCGGGGACUUCAUCCGUUACCACUACAAUGGCACUUUCCUCAAUGGUGUGACCUUCGACACCAGUUACCAGAGGAACCACACAUAUAACACAUAUAUUGGGCUGGGCUAUGUGAUCCCUGGCAUGGACAAAGCUCUGCAGGGUGUGUGUGUCGGGGAGAGGAGGAGAGUUAUUGUGCCCCCACAUCUGGCUUAUGGACAGCAGGGAGUCGGUAAGGACAUCCCAGGCUCGGCGGUGCUGGUGUUUGACAUCCACGUGAUCGAUUUCCACAACCCCAAAGACCCCGUGCAGGUCCAGAUCACCCACAAGCCUGAGCAGUGUAAUGAGACAAGUGCUAUCCAUGAUAUUAUUCAGUAUCACUACAACUGCUCCCUACUGGACGGCAGCCGACUUUUCACUUCGAGGGUCUACGGAGGGCCUCAGGAAACGGUUUUGGGGGCAGAUAAAGUGAUUGAUGGUUUGGAUGAAGGACUGAGGGGGAUGUGUGUGGGAGAGAAGAGGACCGUCAUUGUACCGCCACACCUGGGCCAUGGAGAGAAGGGAGCUGGAGAUGUACCAGGGAGUGCAGUCCUUCAUUUUGAGCUGGAGCUGCUGUCUCUGCAGAAGGGCAUUCCUGAAGGCUAUCUGUUUGUUUGGCUGGAGGACAGUCCUGCCGAACUCUUCCAGGCAAUGGAUUUGAACCAAGACAAGGAAGUUCCUUUAGAGGAGUUCUCAGAGUUCAUCAAUCAGCAGGUGGCAGGGGGCAAAGGUCGUCUAAAGCCAGGGCAGGACCCUACGGCUGUCAUUAGCGACAUGUUUAAGAACCAGGACCGGAACCAGGACGGUCGGAUCACCGCAGACGAACUGAAACUUAAAGUGGAAGAGGAUGCAGAGAAGGCGAGACAUGAGGAACUGUGAGACAGAGAGACACAAAUAAAGUAAAACACAUGUAGACAAAGCAAACAUCCAUAUCAAUACAUAAACUCAUUCAAAAACAGGAGCGAAAACAAUCGAGGCUGGUACACAAGACACAGAAAGCAUCGUUACGUAAUGUUUAGACACACGAGAGGAGCUAGGGCAAAAUGUUUUUUUACACAAAUAACUAACCAAACACACACUGUGGAACUACCCUUCAGGAAAUGACAGUU